CUCCCUGGGCCUGACGGGCUAAGGCAGACAAAGCAGUGGCGGUGCAGUUCUGGCACCAUGUCCUGUCCACUGGGAAAGAAAGCUCUGCCUCAGGCCAUGCUGCUACUUCUCCUUAGCUUUCAGAUUCUCAUCACUCCUGUCACGAAGGCCAAUGAAGAAACAGACAAAUCUGUUAAUUUCAUUCCCACAGUGGAAUUUGCCGUGAACACAUUCAACCAGAAAAGUCAGGAUGAAUAUGCCUAUAGGACGGAAUAUAUCAUGAGUUCCUGGAGGGAGGAGAUAAAUCAUCCAAUUGUGUUUUCCAUGAGGCUUCGGCUGCGUAGAACCAUAUGCAAGAAAUUUGAGGAGAGCCUUGACAUUUGCCCCUUUCAGGAGAGUCAUGAUCGGAAUAAUACCUUCACCUGCCUAUUCACUGUUGGUACCUUGCCCUGGAUAACAGAAUUCCAGCUCUUCAAGAAAGUGUGCUCAUAGUUCCUCUUACUGGAGUCAUCCACGGUCUGGCCAUGUACUUCUCUGCAUCCAUGAAGUGGUUAAUCUUGGGAGAACCUCUGUGCUCAUGUUCCUUGUUUUGCAACAUUGUAUAGUAUGAAGACUGGGUAUGUGAAUAAUAACUAGGGAAAUGCAUAUCACUGUUGUUUCAUCAUUUAUAGUAGUUCAUUAAAUAUUGCAUUUCUGAA